CUAUCAGACAGGAAUGUAACUUGCAGCUACACGCACCCAGCGGAUUGCAUCACAUCCUUCGACUCACUAUUGUGACUCAGAUACUGCCUGUUUUUUUGUGUUUUGAGGAAGUGCGAUGGUGUGACAGACAAGCGUGAGGACUGGGGCGCACAAUGGCAAAAGCAUGUUUGUCUGGUGGGCUGGUAACAUGAGAGGGUGCGUUCAGAUGUGUGCGUCCGGAUGGUUAGUACUACUGCUACUACUGCUGAGUGGACUCUCAAGUACAGUCUUAUGUCAAGAUGAAGAUGCUGAUCCAGAGGGUGAGACAGAGGAUGAGGCCACACAAGGCUAUGAGGAGGCUGCUGAAGAGGAGGUAGCUUCAGAAUCUUUGGACACCACUCCUAUACCUGGAGCAACUGAUGCUACAAACACAGAAGAGGAGGUGAAUGAAGAAGAACGUGGCUCAGGGCGUGGCCUUGGUGCAGCGUCACCAGAAAGCACAUCAGAGCCCACCUUUGACACAGGAGGGACGUCGUCCCCUGUGGAAGAAGGAGUGGAUCUCCUCCUCAUUGUCAUUCCUGUGGUGCUCAUUGUCCUUUUCAUAGCCAUCAUUGUCUGUUGCAUUGUAAUAAAUCGCAAACUAAACAGCAAUACAAGCCAUUCAGAAUUCAGCAAAGAAGAUCCAUAUUUAGAGGGCUCCAGCACAGAGAAAGUGCCAAUGCCCAUGUUUGAAGAAGAUGUCCCUUCUGUGUUAGAAUUAGAAAUGGAGGAUUUGGACGGCUGGAUUAAAAAAGACGGUCAACUGACGGCUGUUAAUGAGAUCACGCUAUCAACAACUGGUUAAGCCACUGCUAUUUGUCAGCAGUGAAGAUGCUGUUACAGAAGAUGUUGUGCUGUUAUUCCAUUGUAUUCCUGUAUUCAAUCCAUCUGGACUGCUGGAAGUAUAGUAACAGCCUGACAACAAAGUGUAAAGUAAUAAUGCAUUAUUCUUUAAAUAAGAUGUGACUAUCAGAAGGAUACAGGACAUAUGUAAUAAAAGUGACCAAUACCAGACCAAUUGGCUCACCACACGAACAAAUAUGACUGUUCCUUAAAAGGCUAUUUUUGCCUGUUAUUGCUUUUCAAGGGUGUUGUGUGUCUUUUUUGAGGCUUUAUUUGGCUAAAAUUUUGACAAGUUUUACUACUGUCACACAUCCAUCACUUCAAAACCCCAUGCCUUAUGUUUGUACAAGCAGAUCCCCAAAAAGUAUUCUUAGAUAGCAUUUUUUUAAUGUAAAUAUUAGUGUUGAGAAAACAUUUCAGAUGAGAGAAAGUAUUUUUCUUAACAAACAUCACCGACUGAGUGCUUUGUGACUACUGAUGAUGCCAUUCAACUGCUACAUUGAAAUGUAUUGUGUAAGUGUAUAUAAAAAGUAAUUUGACUAAUGUUUGCCAACGUGUUUGGUAUUGAUAUUUGAAAGUGAUGUUUUAUGCAAUUUUAAAGGGAAGGUAUGUUUAUUUUUUAUUUCAAAUUGUAUAUACAUGACCUAUCCAUGUCUCCUGAUAGUUCAAAUCAAAUAUAGCUUUUACUGGUAACUACUGUAAAGUUGUUUUAUUGGUACUUACAAACACAUUGGACAUGAUGGUCAAGUUUUGUAUAUUAUCAUGUGAUUAUUUGGUUCUUGAAAUGUUUAUUAUUUAUUAGGAGGCAGAAUGAGCCCCAGAAGAGUUGAGUUGCCCAUUAUUAUUACUAAAACCAGCUGCAAAUAAACCUAUGUUGACUGUCUGUUCCGAAUCCUCACUACCCCAGAGCCUGCAGCCAAUCAUGAAUCAUUGCUAAUGCAGCCUCUGCAGCUCAGUGAGGCCUGUCCAUAUACUGAGAAUGAGAAAAAUGUGUACAUGUCCUCUAUCUGCAGCUUUAGUCAAUGUCAACCCAAAUCCUGUUGUGAUUCCAGUUCUUUUUUAAGAGCACGAGCCACAC